AAAAUCGAUGGUUAACGAAGAGCUGUGCAUAAACACGCGGUAAUGUUUUGAUAGCGGUUCUGGUUCUGGCUUGUAUUUCGAUCUACAGUAAUUUUAUUCUGGUUAUGUUCCACGCUGCACUGCUAGUUUUUAGUUAAUUCAGUUAGGCUAUUGGUAGAUAUUAUUAAAGUUAAAGAAACUAGUACCGGAAGUAGUUUAAUUGGUGAAAAAUGGGUAAGUCAAAAGCGCAUCGAAUAAAGAAGCUGAUGGGUCCAAAGGCACCGCUCGGUGAUCAAAUCAAUGAUGGUCGAGUCGCCAAAAAACCAAAGUCCAGUAAAUUCCGGUUGCGAGCGGAAGAGAAAGAUUAUGUAGAUGCUAAGGCAACCAAGAAAAUUCUCAACCAGGCUCGUAAGCAACAGGCUGAACUCAAUCUGUUGGAUGAUUCUUUUGGGCCGUCGCUAACCGAGGCUGCUGCCGUUGUGGGCAAGAAAAAACACCGGCUCGGUGAUCAAGGCUCUUCAGACGAAUCCGACGAAGAGUACCGCGAUGACCCGGAGAUUGAUGGACAGGAUUUUUUCGAUAAUAUUAAAAUUAACGAGGAGGACGAACGAGCGCUUGAGAUGUUUCAGAAUAAAGAUGGCAUAAAAACGCGAACGCUUGCGGAUAUCAUUAUGGAUAAAAUUACUGAGAAACAAACCGAAAUUCAGACUCAGUUCUCGGAUAAUGGUUCGUUGAAAAUGGAAGAAGUUGAUGCCCGCGUGCGGGAAAUGUACGAAGGAGUGCGAGAUGUUCUCAAGCGGUAUCGAAGUGGACGCGUUCCAAAGGCAUUCAAAAUUGUUCCCAAAUUGAGAAACUGGGAGCAAAUUUUGUUCAUAACUGAACCGCACAACUGGAGCGCGGCAGCAAUGUUUCAAGCUACGAGACUAUUUUCAUCGGGAUUGACACAAUACAUGGCCCAACGGUUUUAUAAUCUAGUGCUGUUACCUCGAGUCCGAGACGAUCUAGCGGAGUAUCACAAGCUGAACUUCUAUUUGUACCGAUCUCUGAAGAAGGCUCUUUUCAAGCCGGCUGCUUUCAUGAAAGGAAUCAUUUUACCACUAUUAGAAUCAGGAGAUUGCACACUGCGAGAGGCGAUCAUUUUCGGUAGCAUCAUCAGCAAUACAGCGAUUCCGGUGCUGCACACAGCAGCAUGUUUGCUCAAAAUUUGUGAGAUGGAGUACUCAGGAGCCAAUUCAGUGCUUAUACGAAUCAUUCUGGAUAAACGGUACGCACUACCGUAUCGAGUGGUGGACGCUGCUGUGUUCCAUUUUUUACGUUUCGAGCAAGACAAACGUGAAAUGCCAACACUGUGGCAUAAUGCUUUUCUAACUUUUGCUCAGCGCUAUAAGAACGACAUCUCCACGGAACAACGAGAAGCACUACUACGUUUGCUGAAAAAAAAAUCACAUCCUAAAAUAACCCCUGAAAUUCGGCGGGAACUUAUGGCUGCCGUUUGUCGUGAUGCUGAAAUGGGCGACAGUUUGGCUCACGAGGUCGACAUGGAAUACAAGGAGGAUGACGAUUUCACCCCGAUGGAUGAUGCAAGGGUUCCCAGUGCGUCUAGUUCUGGAGGUAAUAAGAAGACCGAAGCAGGCGAUGAAAGAAUGGAAAGUGAUUCAAGCGAUGAAGAGGAUGAAAGUGAGUGAGGAGCUUUAAAAUAAAAUAAUAAAAAAUAUAUUGUAUUUUUGUAAAUACAGAUUAAUUUGUUUUGAAAA